GGCUCCCCCAUAAUCCCCAUAAGUGUAGAGUCUCGGGCAGAGUUCGUUUUCCGGGUGAAAAGCCUGUAAACCGACGAUGGACUUCGUGCAGAAGAUGAGGAGAGCUCUCCAGCGCGGCAGAUCCGCCACGCUACCUUCAGAUGACGAAGAGGCCGUUAACGUUCUGCUACCGUACGCCAUGCAGAACCAAUUCCGUCCUCUGAACGAACUGCUCUCCAGCUCAACUUUCAACAUUGACUAUCAGUUUGGUCGUGCCAGGAGGACACUACUGCACUCUGCCGCAAAUACUGGAUCAGCUGACUCUGUGGGUGUUCUGCUGAAGAGAGGAGCCAACGUGAACCUGCAGGACAAGAUCGGAGUAACUGCUCUCCACCUGGCUGCAAGAAAUGGGCACAAGAGAUGUGUUCAGAAACUGGUGGAGGCUGGAGCUGACAUCAGGCAACACGACAACGAAGGCCUCACUGCUUUACACUGGAUGGCAUGCAAUGGACGUACGGAGCUGCUGAUAGCCAUUCUACAGAGAGGAGAGCAUGUCGACGUGACGGACGCUAAUGGACACACGGCUCUUCACGUUUCCUGUCAGAACGGACACUACAAAUGUGUUCUUCAACUGUUGGGGCACAAGGCAGAUUUCAAUAAGACCAGUCUCAGUGGAGGAAAUCCAGUCUACUUUGCUUGCAAACAUGGACAGGUGAGGUGUCUGCAGAUCUUGCUAGAGAGGGGAGCUGUGGUGGCAGCUGAGAAGUCUGGAGUCACUCCUCUACAACUGUGUGCUCAGAGUGGAUAUUCAGAGUGUGUCCAGCUGAUCCUACAGUACCACCCGAAGCAGGUUGACCAGGUCGUCAGACUCGCCAUGCUGGAGACUGUCCCAGAGCCAAAGAUGUUGGGCCUACUGCAGGACCUCUGCAGGUCCAGCACCGAGCUCCUGGUGGCUGUAGUCAGCAAGAUGGCCGAAGCUACUACAACGGCUGGCCAGGAACUGCUCAGUUCAAGCAGUAGCUACUCUGACCUGAUGCCGCAGUUCCUGAGAGCCGUCCGUGCACUCUGCAACCUCUACUACCUCUAUCAACAGGCUCUCCAACGAAGCGAGAUUACGCUCGUUAAUCCCGGGGCUCGCUCGGUCCCGACAAGUCCAGCCAUCACAUCGAUGCCUGGUUCGAACGUCCAGCGUGCUGGGAGCUUCGGGUCUCUCCUGGACGGUAGCACCCACCCACGGACCCAGACCGUACCGGCAGGUACCACUGCGGUCCAACCACCGACAAGAAGAGGCCACCGUCGCACGCAUUCACAGACGCUACCGCCUGAUGAAACCGCGAGGGCGCUACAUGACGAUGGAUCUCCGAAUGGCAGUGCCACCACGGGAGGAGGGGGAGGAGGGAGAGGGGUUCGAAGGCUUGUUGUUGAAGAUCCGUUCAUAGGACUGGAGGCUGUGUGGUCUUCCCUGGAGUCUUGGUUCGAUCUCAUUCUGGCUGAAGUGGAGAAGACAACUAGGGACUCUGCUGGCACCGUGGAGAGAGGCAGAGAACUUUUGAGGAGGAGAAUGGGGAGCAUUGAUGCAACGAGUGGUGCGAAAACGGACGAAAACACGGCUGAAACUGACGCUGAACGUUUGGUGGGUUUGAGCAGUGGAGAGGGAGAGGAGAGAGCGACAGUGGCGGUGAAUCAUGAGACCACACCCCCAACUGUCAAGGAGGGGGAGGGAGGGGCGAGUAAGAGCAGAAAAGGUCUAAAACUGAGUGUGCCUCAGUCCAACCAGGUUGCCGCUGCUAUCGUCAAAACCACUCCCAUUGAACGAAGAAUGGCCUACCUCGGGUCCAGCAGAAGUGUAAACGAGGUAUCUCUCUCGACUUCGUCUGACGCGGCGCUGAAGAGACGAAGUUGGCACGUUGACCGAAUCACGGCUCGCGUGUUCUCCAUCAACCCUUCUUCUCCCAUUCUGCCUCCGUCUUCCCUCGCCAGGAGCCACUCUACUGACGCUACCUUCAACCACAGGGUGGACGUGGUGAAGGAGGAGGUGGGAGGAGAGGAGGAGGAGGAGGGGAGGGAAGGGGACGGAGGACAUUGUGGGAGUAUUCAACUGGGAGGUGAGACUGACAUUACGUCUAUUGCUCGAGCCGUUUCUGGGCUUCUCCCGAGGUUCUCAGAGUUCAUUGACAAAUAUGAGACUGUGCUCAAGAUUCUCCUGGCCAGGGAUCCUCAGUUGAUAUUUGCCCACUUUCAUUUCCUCUUGGAGACGGAGGGCCUUCUUCUGAGGUUCAUGCACAUCAUCCACGCUCAGCCGUUUGAGAGCCGCAAGAACUGGUUCUACGAGAACCUCCACGGAGACCGUCCCCCCGCCAACGAACUCUCUCUGGCCAGAGAGGACGGAGUUAUUGAGGUUGACAGAGACAACAUCUUCAACUCGUCGUGUUGCAAGAUUUCCGAGUCCUCCGCCAGUGCCCUGAAGGAAAACCUGACCAUUCGGUUCGCCGGAGAGGCCGGCAUGGGUUCCGGAGUGAAACGAGAAUGGUUUGACAAUCUCUCUCGAGAGGUACUGAAUCCUGACUACGCCCUGUUUACCCAGUCUGCUGAUGGAGCUACAUUCCAGCCCAACAGUCACUCGGACAUCAACCCUGACCACCUCAGCUACUUCCGUUUCGCGGGGAGGAUGAUGGCCCUGGCCGUCUACCACAGGCAGCUACUCAGCGUCUAUUUCACUCGAUCCUUCUACAAACACAUUCUCGCAUCGGAGACGGAAAUGGAGCUUCCUCCUGGCUUUAGUUCAAUGACUUCAUUCUUCCCGAACAUGUCGGUGUCAAGGGAAAAGCAAGAGUAUGUUCAGCUGGUGACCGAGAUGAGGAUGACACAAGCCAUUGGACCGCAGAUCAGGAGUUUCAUGGCGGGUUUCCACGAGAUUAUUCCCCACUCACUCAUCUCUCUCUUUGACGAGUAUGAACUGGAGUUGCUGAUCUCGGGACUGCCAGAUAUUGACGUGGACGACUGGAAAAGUAACACGGACUACUCCGGAUCCUACACUUCCGACAGCCCUGUCAUCUCCUGGUUCUGGGAGAUUGUUCAGAGCUACGACAAGAAAGACUUGGCCAUUCUACUACAGUUUGCCACCGGCUGUUCCCGAGUGCCCCUGGGUGGAUUUGCCAAUCUAGUGGGUGCCACUGGACUCACUAAAUUCACCAUCUCCAGUGUCGCCUACUCUCCCAACAAACUACCCACUGCUAGCACAUGUUUCAAUCUCCUGAAGCUGCCAGAGUACCCCACCAGGGAGACUCUGCAGGACAGACUCUACGUGGCCCUCACGUGCGGCAGUGGACUCCUCGACUUCACAUGAGCCACACACACCAUUGGUGACUUUUACUCACGUGAUUUGACCAACCAUAGGGUCCAAUUUUUACUCUUGUGGUGUAAUUAAUUAAUUAGAACGUGUGGAUAACUUUCACUCGAGUGUGAUUUUGAAAUUAUUGAUGACCGAGUACCAACCAGUCUUAGUUUUACUCAUGUGGCAAAGUGUGAUUUCGAUGAUUAGAGAUGACCACUUAUGAACCUGAAAAGGGCAUAAUGCUGCAGAAGCAUUGCAUAUCACACACUAUAUACUAUAAUAUAUAGGAGAUGUUGACUGGCCUAGUCUUGGGUCUGUCUAUGUACGUGUGAACACCUCAGGCAAAGCUGGUCUUGGCUGUCGGCAGUCCACAGCCAGCAUCGAGGACACUUAUACUUUCCCAUCUCCUCCGCCCGCCAUGCCCCCACGCUCACCUGGCACCGCUCCCCUCCCCACACAACCUCCCCGUCCU